GCGCUAGCCCCGCCCCUGAGAGAGGGACUGGGAGUUUAAUGUUCCCUAUGCCCGUCUUCGAUACCCGGGGACCCAUUUUACUUACUGUAACUGCCAUUUUUCCUCACAUUUGACCUCUUUGAAACUUUAAAUUGAUAUAACAUCUUCCACAGUUUCACUCCUCCACAUCUACUGGGCAACUUUCAAACCACAAGCCAUGCUACUUCCCUCGUCACUACUACUCCUCCUUGGCCUCCUCCCUUGGAGUCCCAGUGCAUCAUGGGCUGCUAAAGUGAUCGUGGUUCCACCCAUCAUGUUUGAAUCACACUUGUACAUCUUCAAGACGCUGGCCGAGGCUCUACACCAGGAGGGCCAUGAGACCCAUUUUUUAAUUUCAGAGGGUCGUGGUGUACCCCCUUCCCCUAACUUCCACUUACAGCGCUACCCAGGGAUCUUUAACAGCACCACAGCUGACAAUUUCCUUCAGUCCAAAGUCAGCAACAUUUUCUCAGGCAGACUAACAUUUCUUGAACUUUUUGACAUCCUUGACCACUACUCCCAGAACUGUGAUGCUGUGGUUGGCAGUGUUGAGGUAAUGACCCGCCUCAAGGAGGCCAAGUUUGACCUGCUGCUGGUGGACCCUAAUGAGAUGUGUGGUUUUGUGAUUGCUCAUAUCCUGGGUGUGAAAUAUGCGGUGUUCAGCACAGGCCUGUGGUACCCCGCGGAGGCAGGUGCCCCAGCCCCCCUUUCAUAUGUUCCCGAAUUCAACUCAUUGUUGACGGACCGCAUGUCUCUGCCCCAGAGGAUCGCCAACACAGCUGUUUACCUGGUGCAGCGCUUUGGUGUCCGUUAUAUUGCAUUACCCAAGUAUGACCGGAUUAUGAAGAAACAUGGAGUGACGCCUCAAGUGGCCAUGUCUGACCUGGUGCAGGGCAGCCGGCUGUGGAUGCUGUGCACCGACAUGGCUCUGGAGUUCCCCAGGCCCACCCUGCCUCACGUGGUGUACAUAGGAGGCAUCCUCACCAAGCCCCCCAACCCACUGCCACAGGAUUUUGAGGCGUGGGUGAAUGACACAGCGGAGCAUGGCUUUGUGGUCGUUUCGUUUGGAGCUGGGGUCAAGUACCUUUCCCAUGACAUAGCUCACAAACUGGCAGGAGCCCUCGCCAGGCUUCCCCAGCAUGUCGUCUGGAGAUUCUCUGGAGUUCCACCCAGUAACCUCGGCAAUAACACCAAGCUUGUUGAUUGGAUGCCUCAGAAUGACCUAUUAGGCCACGCCAACACAAAGGCCUUCCUGAGUCACGGUGGUCUGAACAGCAUCUACGAGGCCAUGUAUCACGGGGUGCCGGUGGUAGGUGUGCCCCUGUUUGGAGACCACUAUGACACCAUGACUCGUGUGGCAGCCAAAGGUAUGGGUAUCAUGCUACACUGGAAGUACAUGACCGAGGAAGACCUUUAUACAGCCCUGAACAGCGUCAUCAAAGACAGCAGGUACCGCCAGAAAGCACAAACUCUUUCCAACAUUCACAAAGACCAGCCAGGCCAUCCAGUGACCAGGGCCGUCUACUGGAUCAGCUACAUCCUGCGUCACAACGGUGCCGACCACCUUCGCUCCGCUGUGUACGACGUGUCCCCCUACCAGUACUUCCUGCUGGAUGUGAUUUUCACUGUAGGAGCGGCCCUGGCUCUGUUUGUCUUUGCACUGCGACGGUUGGUACGAAUGCUGAGGGGGAAGACCGAUGACAAGAGAAGAGGAGAUGGCGUCUCCAACGAUGACGGUAACAUGGCCAACGGACAUUGUCAUAGCGAGAGCCUGGCCAAUGGGAAGCACAAACGCAACGGCUCCUUGAAAAACGAGAAGAAGAUUAACUAAUGUUUCAAAUGGCCAAGAAGGACGAGGAGGAAGUUGCCCCAAGGACCCAGCUCUAGGUGUUGUUAAGUGAUUUUAUAAAAGCUUUGAAGGAAAGAGUUUCUUAGUUCUGUGUCGAAUGGCAACUGCUACUCAAAGCGUGAAAGAGGCUGUAGGAGGAUACACAAUGCAUCGUGUGUGGCAUCGGGUGCUCAAAAUCUGUGUUUGUGUGUGUGUGUGGGUGUAUGUGUAUGUGUGCACUGAGGCAAAUGUAACGAAAACUCUUAACAAAAGCAGCUACAGCAAUACAACACCAAAUAGGAAAGUGAUUAAGAAUGAAACACAGGAAAGACACAUUAGCAGGAAAUUGUCUCUCCUACGUGAUCUCUGUUGUCUUCCUGCCUUCCUUACCAGUGAAAGGAUGAUGAAGAGGAGAAAUCCUGAGCGCCAACAACUCAUCCUUAGAAAACAAAUAGAUAACUUUUGAAAUAGUUAGAUUUAAUGUCUUUAACUGCAAACUCUGCUUCUUCAAAUGUCUGAACUGUAAAUAGAGAAAACAUCUAUUUAUUACUGUAAAAAAGCUUUUUAAUGAAGGACCUUUUUAACCUUAUCUUAUUUUUAAUGUAUUACAUGUAUCAAUGGUGUUAGAGCAUUAUGUUAAUUGUACACUCCCUCUUUACUAAUUAUACGUACAACAUUGUGUUCGUCCUAAAGGUGGAACAUACAAAGCAAAGACUGAGAGCUGCAAUCAUUAUACGUUUGCACAGGUCUUUGCUUUCUACAGUUGCAUUAUCCACAGAAUUCAUGGUCCUCUUAUUUUCAGAUUUAUCAGUGUUGAAAACAUUUCAAUUGUUUCCCUUUUCACAUGUUAGCGCCAUCCCGUGACUUUACUGUUUGUUCUAGUAGAUAAUAUCUCAACUGUAUUUGGCUUAACAAUGUGAAAAGGAAUAUCAUGUUAUCAUUAAAACAUAUCAUACAAUAAAGGCUACUACCAAUGAUACUGUGGAAAGGCAGAGACUGCUCUAGAUGUGCUUAAGCUCAUCCAGUCAUGUGAUCAGGGGUGAGUCAGAGCAUUAUUGAUUCAUGACUACUCGCUCCGUGAGUCCACUAUCUUUAUUCUGCAUCCCUCAUCCAUUAUAAGUGAUUAUUGAGAAUUCAUCACUUGUUGGCCAUUUUUAGUGCUACACUUGAUUUUGUACAUCAUUCCUAUAUGAUUGGAUUGAAUGUUCAUUUCUAACAAAGUUUGUUUCAAAUUACACAGUUCAGGUCGAAAUCCAUUCAAGACUUCUGCAAAUUAAAUUCUAUUAGAUUUAGCAAUUGAGUUUUAAAAAAAAAACUAAAAUAACUAGGUAGGCCUUGUGUAACUAAUUAUAUUAAAAUUGAAUGUGAAUGAUUCACAUUCUGUUUGUGGCCUUUUGUAAUGCAAAUAUUUGUUUAUGCAGCAUGUUUGUAGUUGUGCUUGUUACUGUUAAAUUAUUGUGGGUUAGAUCACUUAGACUGAUGGAUGAACCAAGGACAAUUAGGUAUGUUUUAGCCCACUAAGAGAUGUUAAAACAAACAUUGGCUUUUCAGCCAUUCUGUGAAGUCAUCAAAUUAGGUGUACACCCAUGCACUUGAUUCUUUAUUUCAUUCAAUAAGACCAAAGUUGCACCCUGUAGCUUUUUUUUUUAUCAUUUUAUGUGUCAAUCCACUCCAAGUUUACUCUGGUAACUGUCUGUUAAUUCUUAAUGCAGAUGGAGGAAGGGUGUACGGAGGGUGAAAGAGUGACUUAGUUCCUUACUACUUCUACAAUGAGUAAUACCAUGUCAAAGUGACACUGAUCCUUGCAAAGAAAUUCUCUUUACUUGAACCCCUGUCGAUGAGAUCAAAGUACAGGGCGAGCAGAAUAGUAUUUUUAGAGUUAGUCCGGAUUUGGUAUUGUGCUAAUGGGCAUUUCAGGAGGGAAUGUCUUCCCAGACUUGCAGAUGGAUGGUUUAUCACACCACCAGGUCUAAAUAAAUGCAUUUAUUUUCCUCCAUUGUUCAAGCAUGACGGCACAGACAUGUAUAUUUGGAUUUGGAAAAUUGGCAUUCAGAUAUUGUUUAGCAACUUACUCAAGCAUGGACAAUACAGCAGUGUUUUUACAGGAAACGAAAGAAAAUGAUAUCACUUAAAUGUCAAAAACUGUUGAGGGCUGAUAAUUCAAACCACAUGUGCAUUCACAUAUCCUGUAUGAUAAUAAAUAAAAGUUAGUUAUGUUCCUUUCUCUGUGAGCUACGACUACACUUGCACAGCCCCCAACCCAGCCCUGCUGAAAACAAACCAUUAUACUUGAAUCAUUGUCAUUAUAAUCAUCUUCUAUAAAAGUUCAACUGAUGGGUUUGCAAGAUGGGCCUGCAAGUGCUACACAAGCUAUGAACAGGGUCUGGAGAGAGAAAAACACAAAUUGUGAAUAUACAUCAUUUUUCAUUAUUGUCAGUAUAAAUGUUAAAGCUCUGGUUAAAUGUCCACCCAUGCCCAUUCUUUACUCGUCUGUUCCCUGCAGUCCGACAUGUCUCUGUUCUUGUGGCGUUUGCAUUUCAUCAGCUUGAAUUUCUCUUUGUUCUGUCUUCAAUAGUGCACUGCCUGUUCCAUUUGUCCACUUCUUUGUCCUACUUUUUCACUUCCUGGUGUCAUUGUAUUCUUGUGUCAUUCCGACUCUCACGCCUUAAAUAUCAGAUGUCUCCGCUUAUUUUUUAAAAACCUUUUCACUUUGAUUUUCAAAUGACAAAGUCCUCCAUUUUCCUGUCAUGUGUGUCCAUGUUGUAAAUAGAACAGUGUAAACAAAAUACUAAUGCUGAAUAAAAAUUACAUAUUUUGUUUGCAGA